UCGUACGAAGCGCACGCUGGCCAGCUCUGGAAGCCUGUUCAGGUGCAGACCUUCUUUGCCGAGCAGCGCUAUGUUCGCUACUUCAUCCAGGAGAAAGAGCAGGGGAACAAGGAGCCAGGGCGGGAGGAGGACGAGCAGGGAGCAGCAGAAGAGGAGGAUGGCUGCAAGCAGACGCUAGCCCGCCUCUCGCACGAGUGGCAGGCCCUGGAGCGGGAGGAGAGCAAGGCUAUGGAGCACAUGGCUGAGGAGGCCUCCGCGAAGGACCGUACGGGCUGGUUCAAGCGCACGCAGUGGGACGAGCACCUGCAGGCCUACCCUAGCUGGCGCCUGCUCGCGUACGCGAUCCGGAUGCCGGGCAAGGAGGAGCCACAGCUGCAGCGCGCCGUGCAGCUGGUGGAGGAGCUGGUGGAGGACGCCGUACAGGGGCUCAGCACCCUCUCCCUGGAGACGCUACGCUGGCUGCGCAGCGCCCAGGCCCAGGAGAUCAACGUGCGGCCCUUCAGCUGCAUGCAGAACCCAAGCAGCCAGCACCGGGCAGCUAAGCUGUGGGCCCGGCUCAUCUGCUACUGCCUCCGUACGGUGGCGGCCGAGGCAGCUGAGGCAGAGGGGGAGGUGAGCACGCUGGGAGCCAUUGGCCGCCUCUUCCCCUGGCACGGCAAGCAGAAGCUGGCUGCCACCAGGCUGUGGGAGCUCUUGAACAGCAACAGCAGCGACAGCAGCAGCAGCAGCAGCACGCAGCCGCAUCUACCAUAUCAACAAAGAAACCUUCCUACCAGCCUUUAA